AACCUCGGCCUGGCGCUCUCUGGGUAUACGAUAAUCAACCCAACCAAGACCCAACCAAAAGCAGACUUAGACCAGUCGAAGUCACGACAAAGAACUAAAGAAGUCGGCUCUGGCGCGGUGGUGGUGCAUUCAACUCGUUUUUCAAUUUUUCGCGCAGCAUGCUUAAUUCAACAUCAAAUCGAAGCUUAAUAAACAGAGCAUUUUCCUUAAGAGGACUACGCGCGUGAAUAUGGACAUCAGCCGAAAGGAUAAUAAUUUCGAGAAACGGGGUAUAAAAAUUUUAAAAAAUUAUCAUUUAAGUCGCGCUUAUGUUUGUUUAGUAAGCGACGAGUGAAUGCGUUUUUACCUGCUGUGAUAUUUUUGUUUGUUUUUCAAGUGUGUUUCCGGAUAAUUAUUAAGGAUUUAAUUUAGAUAUUUAUUUAUACAAUGAAGGGUACCCUAAGACUGAAUCACAUUCUUCCUAAAGCAUUAGUAAGCAUGGCACCGCUGCAAGUGAUUUUAGCCGCAUUUCUGUUGGUUUCCUCUGUGAAAUCAGCCAAUUUGCCUUCGCUUGACGAAGACAAUUCCUUAACAACCGAAGUAGCAGACGCCGACGUUCGUGUUGACUGUAACAGCGACGAAAUUGUUGUCAAUAUUGGCACUAGGUCCGGCAGGUUCAACGGGAUGGUUUAUCCCAGAGGAUUAUCGAAAAACACCCAUUGUCUCAGUGAAUGGGUACAACGGAAAUCGCCUAUAACUUAUACAUUGCCGCUCAGAGGCUGUAAUACUAUGAGCACGGAAUUGGAUGACGGCGGCAUUGAAUACUUCAACACAAUAGUCGUCCAACCCCACCUCAAACUAGUAACCAACCAAGGUAAAGGAUUCCACAUAAGAUGUCGCUACAAAACCCGAAAUAACACUGCCUAUAAUGAAGCAUUGAAAAUGGAUCCAACUUCAUCGCCAGAAGACCCAGUAACAGCUAUGACAGCAAUGCCUGGCUGUAGCAUGAAAAUAUACAACGGAGAACCUUCCAAUCAUUUGGUCGCAGAAAAUGUUAAAAUUGGCGAUCCUCUGAGUCUGGUUGUUUCUAUCGAUACUCAGGAUAUUUAUGGGAUAAGAGUUACAGAUUGUGUAGUAAAAGACGGUCUUGGAUGGGGUGAACAAAAACUCAUAGAUUCGGAAGGUUGUCCUACUGAUCAAGAAAUAAUGGGCAUGUUUCAAUACUCGGAGGAAUCCAGCAAGGCUAAGGUCCAGUUCAAGGCUCACAAGUUUCCUUACAUUGCCUCAGUUUACUAUCAGUGCAACGUGAAGCUGUGCCUCAAGGCUAAUAAUGGUUGUGAUUUCAAGCCCUCAGAAUGCAAUGGUCCAACGAGCACCAGGCCGCGAAGACAAGCGGGGGCGGAGGGCAGCGACAUUGAUGGUACUCCAGCUACGAUCGAAGUGUACAGCGGACUCUACGUGAACGAAGCCAACGACCUCGCCAAAGCCGGCCAAGAGGAUGACUCGGUGUUUAGCGAGAAGUACCCGGACGACGCCAUUUGCAUUUCACAAAGAAGUUUCGCCAUCGGAAUCUGCGUCGCCGGUCUAAUUCUGAUGCUUUGCGUGGUAGCAGCCAUUUUGUGCCUCUUGGCGCGAAGAAGAAAGAAAUCGGUAUCAAAUCCUGGAAGUUCCAUAUACAGCGGUCCUUAUACGAACACUGCUUACAGCCAUAGUAGUUGAACAUAAAAGGUGACUGUAGCUUGUGAUUUUUACAAGUUUAAUUGCCUAGUCGUUGAAUGAGUGUCUUUUAGGCCUAGAAAAAUCUUGCCAUUGAAAACACAUGGAACAAACAUAGUAAACUUUCAGUCUUGAUUUCAGUAAUUAUCUAUUAAACGAGAAAAUAACAAUUUUGAAAAAAUUAUUUAAAAAAAAAAUCAAUUCUUAUUAGUGCCAUUCAUGGCUUUCAAGUCAUUUUUGCUCAGUAACUUAGUAUAACUAUCUUAGAUUUCUUCACAACUUUGUUUUCUACUACUGCUAGAUUAAGAUAAUAAUAAUUUUAAAGAUGUCUCAAGAGACUCUUCGAGUUUCCGAAUUUUUCAGGCAAUUUUAUUAUUUUCUUACUGUCUACCUCCGAUGUUUCAUCAAAACAAUAAUAUUCAAACAAACUUAACAAUUGGUUAUAUUCUGAUAUAAAAAUAGGGGUUGGUGGUGGGAUACCUACUUAAUAAAUUAUAUAUUUUAGACAUUUCAACAUGAGUGUCAAAAAAAAACUCUUCCUAAAACUACAAAAUACUAUAGUUUCAGAGAAGAUUAAGAUAUUGCUUUUCGACACUUAUGGGUAAAUUUGUAGGUUAACAUGGAAAGAAUUUCGGGCUUAAUGAAUCCGCCCCAUAUUCUGUUCCUCAGGUUUUGAAUCAUAGCGUCAUUGUCUAGUAAUUAACUUACAACUGUAAAUAAGUGCACAAAUGCAGCUCUGGUUCUUAACCACAAUAUUAGGUAGUUUAUAGAAACGAAUUUAUUUAGAAAAAAUGUAACGGUGCUUUAUUAUUAUAACAGCGAAUAAACACAUUAUUUAUGGGACA